CGGAAGCGGGCCACCCCUCCCGAGAGUCGCCGCCCGGGGCUGCGGCCACUCGGCAGCUAGGCGAGCGGGAGGGAGGCAGCGCGGGCCGUCCCGCAGCCACAGCCCCCUCAAGCCUCUCGGCCCGCAGAGCCUCGGCCCGUGCCCCGCCCGACCGCCUCCUCAGUGCCUCCCAACCUCCUCAGUCCCCGUAGCCCCCCGCGACCCCCUCAGUCCUCUCAGACCCGCGGCCCGGCCGCCCGCCCCUCAGCCGCCCGGCGGGGGUCGCGGCCCUCCGCCAUGUCCUCUUCAUCGUCGUCGCCCCGCGACGCGUUCGAGGAGGAACGCGUCUACGAGAGCCAGGCCAAGCGCCUGAAGACCGAGGACAGCGAGCUCGACUUCGCGGCCGGCGAGGCGGCGCCCCGAGCUGGGGGCGAGGGCCGCUUCCCUCCGCCGAUAGAGAUUGAAAGGGAGGACACAGCUGGUACCAUGGCACUCCCGUGUAGUGCUGGGGUUCGAACCUGGGCCUCACGCAUGACAAAGCAGGAGGCAGGUGGAAGCCAUCAUAAAGUUUCUGUUUCACCUGUUGUGCAUGUUCGAGGACUCUGUGAAUCUGUGGUGGAAGCAGACCUUGUGGAGGCUCUGGAAAAAUUUGGGACAAUAUGUUAUGUGAUGAUGAUGCCAUUUAAACGGCAGGCUCUCGUGGAAUUUGAAAACAUAGACAGUGCCAAAGAUUGUGUGGCUUUUGCUGCGGAUGAACCUGUGUACAUUGCUGGUCAACAGGCUUUUUUCAACUAUUCUACAAGCAAAAGGAUCACUCGGCCUGGAAAUACUGAUGAUCCCUCAGGAGGCAACAAAGUUCUUUUGCUGUCCAUUCAGAAUCCUCUUUACCCCAUUACAGUGGAUGUUUUAUAUACUGUAUGCAAUCCUGUUGGAAAAGUACAGCGUAUCGUUAUCUUCAAAAGAAAUGGAAUACAAGCAAUGCUUAUGUUUGAAUCAGUCCUUUGUGCCCAGAAAGCUAAGGCAGCUCUCAAUGGAGCAGAUAUAUAUGCUGGAUGCUGCACACUAAAAAUCGAAUAUGCAAGGCCAACUCGUCUGAAUGUUAUUAGGAAUGACAAUGACAGUUGGGACUACACUAAACCAUAUUUGGGAAGACGAGAUAGAGGAAAGGGUCGCCAGAGACAAGCCAUUUUGGGAGAACACCCUUCUUCGUUUAGACAUGAUGGCUAUGGUUCCCAUGGUCCAUUAUUGCCUCUACCAAGUCGCUACAGAAUGGGUUCUCGAGAUCCGCCUGAGCUUGUUACUUACCCGCUGCCGCAGGCAUCUUCCUCUUAUAUGCAUGGAGGAAACCCCUCUGGUUCUGUUGUGAUGGUCAGUGGACUACAUCAGUUAAAAAUGAAUUGCUCAAGAGUCUUCAACCUAUUCUGCUUGUAUGGAAAUAUUGAAAAGGUAAAGUUUAUGAAGACCAUUCCUGGUACAGCACUGGUAGAAAUGGGUGAUGAGUAUGCUGUAGAAAGAGCUGUCACACACCUUAACAACGUCAAGUUAUUUGGGAAAAGACUUAAUGUUUGUGUGUCUAAACAGCAUUCAGUUGUUCCUAGUCAAAUAUUUGAGCUGGAGGAUGGCACAAGUAGCUACAAGGAUUUUGCAAUGAGUAAAAAUAACCGCUUUACAAGUGCUGGCCAAGCAUCUAAGAAUAUAAUCCAGCCCCCUUCCUGUGUGCUGCAUUAUUAUAAUGUCCCAUUGUGUGUUACUGAAGAGACCUUCACAAAGUUGUGUAAUGACCAUGAAGUUCUUACAUUCAUCAAAUAUAAAGUGUUUGAUGCAAAACCUUCUGCCAAAACACUUUCUGGGCUACUAGAGUGGGAAUGCAAAACGGAUGCCGUAGAGGCCCUUACAGCUCUUAAUCACUACCAGAUACGAGUUCCAAAUGGUUCCAACCCCUACACAUUGAAGCUUUGCUUUUCUACAUCAUCACAUUUAUAAGAAGAAAAGAGCAUGUUGGAAUUUAUGUUCACCUUUAUUACAGUUUUAGAAAUAUACUUAAUUUAAAAAAUUACAAUGGUUGAUCUAAUGUUGCCUUGUUUACUUUAAGAUCCUGUUCUGUAAGAAAACAAUAUUUUGCCUUGAGUAAGUUUGUUGUAAACCUAAGUAUUGAAUUGUUUUCAUUUUAAAAUAAGAGUAUCAUAAUGUAGACUAUCUACAGUUUCCUUGUAGACUACACAGACAUAUGAUUUCUAACCAUAUAAUUUUCUUCCACAGUAAAAAAAUAUAUUUGCAUUCUUAAUGCUAAUUAUCUGCAAGUAUUUUUCCAUUGUGUAUGAGAUUAAUGCAGGUGAAAGUAUUGCAUUUUAAUAUUACAGAAUUCCUAUUAUAUGUUUAGAUGUUUAAGUAUGUUACAGUUAUUCAUAUUAAACAUAACUUGUAUUUAUUGAGUAUUUUAAUCAAGUUUGAGAAUAACACUGCACAUAUGGAAUUUUAAGUACUACAGAUCUAGCUGAUUUUAUAUUUCUGAAAAGCUAACAGACAUAUGGAUACACUUGUAUAGUAUGCACUCAGACUUAUUUAAUUGGUGUAUUUUAGGUCAUAGUUCAUUUGUAUUGACAUGCCUCUGUUUCUAGUUUGAGUUUGAAGAUUUUAUAAAGUUAUAGCAAUGAAUUAGUGUGUUAAUCUUCAUUUGCUGCAUGGAAUUUGAUCUUGAAAAUACAUCUGGUAUUGGCAUUGAAUUUUCAAUAGAUAUUGCUAUUAACAGUUCCUCUUCCAUAAUCUGAGAUCCAUGGAUGAGCUUUAGGGAGUCUAUGACUCCCCCCCCCCCCCCAAAAUUGUACGUAGAGUUUUGUGUACUUGCAUUUUUAUUUUUUACUCUGGAGUCCAUUGGUAAUAUAUGUAUUUUUCUAUAUGGUGCAAGGUAUAAGGAUCUAAUUUUAUUUUUAUUCUAAACAGAUAGCUAUUUGUUUCAACACCAUUUAUUAAACAUUCUUUCUCCCACUGGAUCUGGUUAUUAUUAUUUUUAAUAUGACUUAUACAUGGGUGAGUAAGAUGUAAGGAUUAAACAUGGUAUUGAAGCUAUAGUAGAGUAUAUAGGGACAGUAUAGAACUUUGUAUCAAGUACAUAGCUUUUUUUAUAAUGGAAAAAAGUCUAAAAUUAUAUUUUCAUCUUUUAAAAGAACAGAGAACAUGUUUCACCUACGUAGAAUAACUGUGAAGUCUUAAGACUUUAGACAAAUUGAAAAUAAAUGUUUCUUUUAGAUCUUUUGUAAAAGUUUUGUUUUAAAUUCUGACUUUAAAAGUCAGUUUGCCUUAAUUAACUUAGAAUUGAGCCACAGGCUUAAAGAAUUCUUAACUUGGUCUGUUGAAUAGAAAACUUAGAAAUUAAGCACACAUUAACUUUUAUUUUCCCUUGAAUUUUGACAGCAGUGGACCAGUGAUGUCCCUUUAAGAGCCCUCUGAACAUCUAGAAAAAUCUAACGUUAUGCCAAGGGUAAACCAAAUUAAGCCAUGAAUGUAUGAUACUGGUAUGUGUAUAUUCCUUGCUCAGCACUAACUUAGUACCUGAAUUUACCUGAUGUUACAAUAAACAAAGUUUCCCCCAUAAA